CUGAAAAGGAUUUCACAAGGAAACUUGUAAUCGCAGGUUAAAAUGUCUUAACCUAUUCUCGGACGACGAGGACGAGAAAACGCUCAAAGAGUAAUUUCCAUAUAAUUGCGGAAAUAGGUCGGAGCGAGGAAAUAAAGCCUUAAAGACUUUUUUAAACCCCCGACGUCGGUCGUUUAAGAUAAUGCAUGGUCUGGAUAAGCAGAAAACUACAAUGUGUUAAAUACAAUGUCCAUUUAUGCCUUACACUUUUUGCUUACUUUGUGUUUCAUGUUUGGAGCGUCAACCUUCACAAGUAAACUAACAUUCCAACAAAGCCAACCCUUAUAUGUCCUGCAAAGCCUAUUGUUUUGAAGGUUAUGCCCGUUAGGCGUCCCUAAAUAGUGGAAGUGUGUGCGUGCAAUAUUAAUUAGCAAUAUACGAUUUACAUAGUGCACGAUAAACACGGCGCGCGGGCGCAAGUGGCCGGCGCGCUCACUCCCCUCGGCCAGCGUCGGCGCGCGCACCGAUCGUACGUCCGCGUAAAAAUAAAGUCCACGACGCUCGUGUACUCCAAACAUUUAUAAUUAUCAGUAAAUCGCCGCGAGAGCACACGACUGGCACGGCCAGUGACCGCUUGCUGAAAAGAAAAACCGCGAUCUGUCUGCCCGGGCCCUUCAGCCCGAAUACCACGAAAUCCCUACGCGACGCAACUAACUUGUCAAAAUCGCGACUCCUACGCAGACACCGGUGUCGGGGGCGCGAACCGCGUUUGAUUGGACGCCGCGUGUGAUUGUGUGAUAACGUUGUGACAGUGAUAACAAUUACAAUCCGUAUUUAAAUAUGCCUGAAAAACCUAAACGACGUAAGCCAAAUAAAAAUCAACGCAGUAGAAAUAAAAAUAAACAAGAACAAAAUAAAAAUAAUCAUGUAGAAAGCGUUUUGAGCUCUGAAUCAUGUAGUGCUGGUAUUUAUGAAAACAAGCAAACUUGUAAAACAGUGAAUGAAACCAAACCUGAAAUUUCAAUACCUUUACCUGACGAACCGACAGUAAAUGAGGAAAAAAAUUCUAAAAACACCUCCGACAAUGAGUUAAGCACGAAUCAAGAUUUGAAUAGCAACAGUACUGAAUUGCUGGACUUAAACUCUAUUGACAGCACAAAACUCAAUGUUGAACAAUUAGUGGAUGCCGUCACUAAUGACCCGCAAUACGUCGUGGAAUCUCCUGAGCAGUCAUUUAAAAGCAAACCCAAAUUGAACACAAACUUAAAAAGCAAGAGCUUAGAUAAUGAGGAGGCUACAAAAAUUGUUGAGAUAACCGAAGAAUGUGGCAUACAGUCUGAUGAUGAAAGUACACUACAUUUAAUUGAUAGCAGUAGUGUUUUAGUAUCUGAUGUUGAGUCGGACAUAGAAUGGGAAAAGACAGAUGAUUUACAAGAAGGCUCGAUGGUUCCACGUGAUUUAACAAAAUCUUUAAUAACUUGUGAUAUUCCUAUUACAUAUACACACAGCGAAGAAAGCAGGACGUUGACGCCUGAAGAAGAAGAAUCUUUGCGCAACUGUUUACAAAAGCUUCCACUGACUAAUUCAACUUAUGAUUCAUCUGAAGUUAUUAUUCAAACGGUACAAGUUGUAAAUCAUGGAGUUAAGCAUAGACUUCGCAAAAAAGCAUCUGCUGAUGACUUUAUCUUUAAUAGACUGGGUCCUCCAAGAACACUAGAUGUUAUUGAUGAAGAAGGUAGUGGUGAGUCAUCAAAAAGCUCAAGGCGCCAAUCAUAUUUAAGCGAAAGAAAAAAUGAUAAUGACGAUUUAGACGAUGAUGUAUUUGAAGAUAAAACAAAAACGAAUAAGUUUAUUACUAAAAUGAAUCACAAUAAGUUUGGAAGGCAAAUUCAACAACAAUGCAUGCUUCUUGAUACCAAGUUGAAAGAACCGGAAAUCAGUGAAGCACGAGGAGACUGGUCAGUGUCAAAUGUGGAAAAAAUGACUGGAGCUGAAAUUGUAUAUUUAACAGACACGUCGAGUAGCACAAGUUCAAUUUAUGAUAAUAGUGAAGACGGAGAUAGGGAUGAAGGAGUUGAUACAGAUGCUUCAGUCAGAAUGAUUACGCCAACAAUUGAAGUGACUGAUACCGAGACCUUGCUAAAGGAAACAUUUGCUCCAAGUCGAGAAGCAUCCACACAAAACAUCCCUCGAGUAAUUGAAAUACCAACAGAAAUCAAACAAGGAGGCGUCAAUCAGUCAGUUCUUAACUCACACGAAAUAUUAGUCUUAUCCACUGAUGAGAUAAAGACCAAUUUGACUGUUAAAGACGUUGAGUCUGAUAAUAAUGUAAAUACAACGUGUAAUACAAAUAAUACGAAUAUCAGUAGCGAUUUACAAUCACAAAAAUCAAAUAACGGAUACGAUCUAGAUAUGAAAGUUUUAAAAUGUGAAUUAAAUGAUGCUAUAAAUAAUUUAAUAAAGGAAGUUUCGUCCGAUUCUGAGUCCUCCGAAAAAAAUGGAAAAGAAAUGUUAAACAGACAAGAUUCUUCUAGCAGUGUUGGUUCCUCCCAAUGCACGGCCAAAUAUAACCCCACUUAUUCAUCCCUGAACGAUGUCGCUAACAUUGUGCAUGAUGAUAUGAGCGAACUCCCCAUCAAUUUACAACACACAAUUGAAACUAGUAAUACAAGUCAUGUAAACGAUGUAUUUGAAUGUGUUACAGGGACUGCCUCACAGAAUAAAAAAGGAAUUUUAACCGAGCCACCCACAUUGAAAGAUCUAUGUGUUCAAAAGGUCGCAGCAUUUCCUUAUGGUGAUAAAAUACUAGAAGAAUUGGCAUCAGUAUCAAAACGACUCCAAAAUAUAACAAUUUACAGUCAAAACUCUAACAGUCAAACCAAAACGACUGCUAUUGGAUCACAAAGAAUUCCACAGUUUCCAUCCAACGAAAAUAUGCCUUACUAUCCUUUGCCUGAUGUUUCAGCCAUUGAAAAGGUAACAUUAUCUUCUAAGGAUAAUGAUCAUAAUCCGCCUCCAGUGCAACCUCGCAAUUCUUCUUUGAAAUUGUCUCAAGACGACAAUCACUGGGUAGGGGUGCCAACAGAAAAGGAACCGGUUUAUGUUUGCUUAUCACCAUCUCAAAAAAUGUUAAUGGAAAAAACAAACACAGUUAUAACGAAGGAAGAUGCCAGUCAACUUGUUGAUAUGCAUAAAAAGUAUGUUGAUAGAAGAGGUUAUAACGAAUAUUAUGACACAGAGCUCAAAAAAGAAACCCAGCGUCUAAAUAACCCACCUGUAGUGCCUUUCAAAUCCCAAACUGGGUCUCGGUUGCUGGCGUUGAUACGUGACCCAGCUGUCACUGAUAAUAUCAAUUCUAUAAAAUCAAAGAAUCAACUAAAAAUAUUAGACCAAGUAGAAAGUAUUGACAAAAAAUCUGAAGCCAUGUUUAAAAAGCAAGAGCAUUACAAUACGGCUAGAAAUUUUACAAGCAACUUAAAACCUGUUCCUCCCCCUAGAACUCGUAAAUUUUCGUCAUCAAUAUAUGAAAGCGACGAAAGUUCUGAUUUUACAGAUAGUUCAUUUCGAUCUAUUAAAAAUGAAAGAAAAUCAUUUCACUACUCAACUGGUAAUUUAAGUAAAGAAAUAGAAAAUGAUAUAUCUUCAAUUCAAAAUAUGCAUCGAUAUUACACAGACUUUAGAGAUCAGUUCAAAGACCAAAGUGCUCCAAGAAGACCGUCUUUGCCCAAAGAUUUGUGUGACCAGCAAAUGGAAUAUAUACGACGAAAAGAAAAAGAAGUAGAAGCUGAAAUUAGCCGACUUGAAAAUGAAAAGCUUAGUUUCCCUGUGCAGCUGAAACAAGGCCCUAAGGCUCCGCUAAUAUCAGAAGCCGAAGUCUAUAAUGAACAAAUUACUCGUACUAGUAGUCACAGCAUGCUUCUUAAAAAAGACUCGGAGUUAAGAUUGUCUGCUCUUAAAUCGCCGAAAGUACCAGAAAAACCAGAUAAAGGAAAGUUGUCUAUUUUCAGCAGUAGUCAAGAAGAACUACUACGGGAGAAAAUGUAUUCAGAAUAUGUCAAUCAAAUGGCAGAACGUGAAGAAAGAAGGCAACAAAAAGUAAUUAAAAUAACCAACAAUAGUAAACCUGUGGCAUCUACCUCGGCAAACCCUUUUUCUAAAAGUAUGCCAGCCUUAGAUUUCCUUGAUUCUAAAGUAAAUAAUAGAAUCGAAAAAGAAUUUAUUUGGAAAGCAAGAGAAAGGUGGAACAAAUUAGGCAUCAAAGAUCCCGAGACAGAGGAUGAGAGAGAUGAGAAUAAUAAAGAUGUUUAUAAAGAACCAAAAGUAAUUGAGCACAAAAUUAAAGUGAUAGAAGGAGGUGAAGAAAAAGAUGUCAAGAAGUUGCCUAGCCAUCUACAAGACUUCGUUCGUUUCACUGUGAAGGACACCGAUCAGGGAAAAAGCAGUCCGGGUGAGUCCAGUACUGGACCAGCAUCCCCGCACGUUAUGAUAUUGUGUGCAGUGAUUAUUCUAGUGAUAGCUGUUGGCAAAAUAUUUUUUAGAUUGCUGCGAAACAAGUGAAUACUAACAAAACAUAUCUUUAGUCAGACUUAAUUUAACAUUUGUAUAUAUUCAUUUGUGUGUAGACGCUGUGUGUUGUUGCAUGAGUGUAGUUUGUGAAUGCGUAUUUUUAGUUCAACAUGUGAACAGCUAGCAUCAAUCAAAUCUGUGUACUUUAUUGGAGAAUCCAAAUGAUCAGAUCUAAGUGGUGAGUAUUUCCCGUUUAUGCAUUUUCCCAGCCUCGAUGUAUUGAGCAUGAGUCAGUAUUUUACGUCAGGAUAUACAUCAUAUCAGUAUUGGAUUGAAGCAGAUUUAUUACAGAUGUGAAUGGAGUUAUCUAAUGUAACAUUUACAAUGAGCUUGGUAUUAUCGAUUUUAUGUGAACAUGAAUAAACAGAAAUCUGGGCGUAUGGAUUUAUGCCUACAUAAAUAUAGGCCAUUAGUGCACAAAAUCAGACAGUCCAAAAUUAUUAUUUUGAUGUAGGUAAUUUAGAAAUGACUUCAUUAUUUUUUUAGCAUAGCAUGUCAUAAUCACUAUUUUAGUAGCGGUGCGUAUAAUACUUCCGAUGAUAUAUAUUUAUAUGUAGAUACUUGGUACAGACUAGUAGCAUAAGUGAAUCAACCCACGGGCAUUUGAGACUGUCAAAAACUAGAGCAUCUGGAUUAAGCGCACGACGUUCGUAUUGUUCAUAAUAAACUGGACUGAAAUCACGUUUAAAUAACACACGGUUACUACUUUUGUAUACAUAUAGGUAUUAAUUUGUCAUGUAACUGAGUACUGUAACGAAACACAAAGAAAACCAUAUCAACUUAAGGGGCUUGAAGCCAUAUUACUCGUACCUCGUCUCAACUCUCUGGGUCAGGAGGACUUCAACAAUUUAUUCACAGAUAUACCUAGUUGGUGUUGACAAUUAAAGAAAAAAACUGUUUGGUAAUUGUCUCUAUACACUAUAAUAUAACAAACUAGUUGAGUAGCCAAUUUUAAAUCAAAUGACAGUCAUAACCAUGAAACAUCAAGAUGU